CGCGCCGCCCCCUCCUCUCCCGGCCCGGGCGGGCGCUCGCCCCCGGCCGGGCCCGUGGACAGGGCGGCGGGGGAUGCACCCGCCGCCGCCCCCGGCCCGGCCGCCUCCGGGCCGCGCGUCCGCCGUCUGCUGCCCGCCCCGUCUGCGGCCCCGGCCCCCACGCGAGGGUCUGCGGCCGCGCGGGACCUUCUCCCCUCCAGCCUCUUCUGCCCGUGGGAGCCGAGCCCUGCAGGUCAGUGCAGGAGCCCAGUCUCUGAGCCAUGCUGGGCCCCGGGCGGCCUACAGCGAGCCCAAGCCCGGCACCCACAUAGCCAUGAACAGCCACAGCCACGUCCACAGCCAUAAUGGCUGCGGGGGGCGGCCGCUGGGCAGUGGGCCGGGUGCCCUGGGCAGAGACCCUUCAGAGCCCGAGGCCGGCCACGCCCCCCAGCCCCCACAUGGCCCGAGCCUCCAGGUGGUGGUGGCCAAGGGCGAGCCAGCCCAGCCCUCACCUGGCAGUCCCCGGGGGCAGCACCAGGACCAGGAAGAUGAGGAAGACGAUGAAGAGGAUGAGGCAGGCAGGAGGAGGGACUCAGGGAAGACCCCGAACGUCGGCCACCGCCUGGGCCACCGGCGGGCACUCUUUGAGAAGCGGAAACGCCUCAGCGACUACGCCCUCAUCUUCGGCAUGUUCGGCAUCGUUGUGAUGGUGACCGAGACGGAGCUGUCCUGGGGGGUCUACACCAAGGAGUCCCUGUACUCAUUUGCACUCAAAUGCCUCAUCAGCCUCUCUACGGUCAUCCUGCUGGGCCUGGUCGUCCUCUACCACGCCCGGGAGAUCCAGCUGUUCAUGGUGGACAACGGGGCAGACGACUGGCGCAUCGCCAUGACGUGCGAGCGCGUCUUCCUCAUCUCUCUGGAGCUCGCCGUGUGCGCCAUCCACCCGGUGCCCGGCCACUACCGCUUCACGUGGACCGCGCGGCUGGCCUUCACGUACGCGCCGUCGGCGGCCGAGGCCGACGUGGACGUGCUGCUGUCCGUGCCCAUGUUCCUGCGCCUCUACCUGCUGGGCCGCGUGAUGCUACUGCACAGCAAGAUAUUCACAGACGCUUCCAGCCGCAGCAUCGGCGCCCUCAACAAGAUCACCUUCAACACACGCUUCGUCAUGAAGACGCUCAUGACCAUCUGCCCGGGCACCGUGCUGCUCGUCUUCAGCAUCUCCUCCUGGAUCAUCGCCGCCUGGACCGUGCGAGUCUGUGAGAGGUACCACGACAAGCAGGAAGUGACCAGCAACUUUUUGGGGGCCAUGUGGCUCAUCUCCAUCACCUUCCUCUCCAUCGGCUAUGGUGACAUGGUGCCUCACACCUACUGCGGGAAGGGCGUGUGCCUGCUCACUGGCAUCAUGGGGGCGGGCUGCACAGCGCUCGUGGUGGCCGUGGUGGCCCGGAAACUGGAGCUCACCAAGGCAGAGAAACACGUGCACAACUUCAUGAUGGACACUCAGCUCACCAAGCGGGUAAAAAAUGCCGCUGCUAACGUUCUCAGGGAGACGUGGCUCAUCUACAAACACACCAGGCUGGUGAAGAAGCCAGACCACGCCCGGGUUCGGAAACACCAGCGUAAGUUCCUCCAAGCCAUCCAUCAGCUCCGGAGUGUGAAGAUUGAGCAGGGGAAGCUGAAUGACCAGGCCAACACUCUCGCCGACCUGGCCAAGACCCAGAAUGUCCUGUACGACCUCAUGUCCGAGCUGCACGCCCAGCACGAGGAGCUUGAGGCCCGCCUGGCUGCCCUUGAAAGCCGCCUGGAUGCACUGGGCACCUCCCUGCAGGCCCUGCCCGGCCUCAUCGCCCAAGCCAUACGCCCGCCCCCACCACCCCUGCCUCCCCGGCCUAGCCCCGGACCCCUGGACCAGGCAGCCCGGAGCCCCCCAUGCCAGUGGCCACCCGUGGCCGCUUCAGACUGCGGGUGACAACCCUGCCCACCACCAGACCCCUCAAUCUUGGCCAUCGUGUGGCCGCCACCUCCACGCCAUCCAGGAAGCCCUGUACAGUGGCGCCUCUUGGAGUUCAAGGAGCCGAAGCUGAGUUGGGCUGAGUGGCCCAGGGCCCUCCCCACCCAGACUGUCUGGGCAGAAGACAGGGCCGGACCGCAGGCGAGGGCAGGGGUGGGCCACCGCCCGCUUCCUCCCUGAUUGGAGCCGGGCGGGGAGCCAGGAGCUUCCUUUGGUCCCCUGGCCCCCCCGACUCUCCCCAGGCCCCUGGUGGGCAUGGAUCAACCAGGAGAGGGGUCCUUGCCAGUUCUGAAUAAAGCAGGACCCACCCAGUUGCUGCCUGUUUUGCGUAACUAUGGGAGCUCAUAAUCACAACAUGGGAGGUGACUCCCAGGGCUCAGAACAAAUGUGGGGGUCUAGCUGAGCCCGUCCCAUGACUAUUCUAGCCUGGUAGCCCUCCAAGC